AUACAUCAGUUCUCAUCAUUUAACUUUUGUUUAAAAAUCAUCUCAAAUCAUUUUUAACUGGACCACGUAGUCCUGUUCUCCUUUCAGAUGUUAAUUCUCACCCAUUUAAAAGAAGUUAGACAGUGUCAGUCUGAGCUGACGUAGAAAUGAAGGACCACCCCACCUCUUUAAGUUACGUACGCUCUUAACUGGAGCACAGUUCAGUUACAAUCAUUGUAGUGGUGGAGUCUGACUGUUCGCACAAUGGUGAACUUUACCUUGAUACCAGUGUUACUCUGCACCUUCAGUUGGAUUUCUGUCUCAGUCUCUGAGUUUUACACAGUGGAGGUUCAGCCUGGUGAAGAAGUCACACUGCUGUGCUCCAACUUCAGCAGUAUACCCAUAAAUAUAAUCUGGUUCAAACUGGUCAAUAGCACCAAUAACAGCUGCAUCUCAUAUAUGACGAGCUCUGAUAAAAAUGCUUCGCUCUGUGACGGAUUUGGCACUGGCAAAUUUAAUAUGACAUCCAACACAACUACUCUCUUUCUGAACAUCAAACCUGUGGAUUUAUUUGACUCUGGACUGUACUUCUGUGGAUUUUACCAGCAACAACACUCAGUAAUUGUCAGUGCAACAUAUUUAAAGGUUCAAGAAGUGCUAAAGGAUGGUUUUGAAAAUGUGACGACUGUGAUCCUGGCCGGUUUAACGUUUUUCCUUCUUAUGAUCAUCAUAUGUCUGGUUGUCAAAAUCCGGACACUUCAUACAGCUCAACAUGAGGAAGUGAAUCCACAACAGACUGAGAACGUGGGCUCUGAUUCUCUCAACUACGCACCUGUGAGUUUCCGUCCCAAAGCAAAGAGCAGCAGAAGGCCUGCAGCAGAGAGAGAACUGGAACCACAUGUAGUGUACGCUACCACAAGAUAGACUCAAAAUAACUCAUCUCAUCUCAUGCUUUAUCACAGUGAGCUGCUUGUGGGUCGUUUGUGUGGCUGGUGGACGAGAGACUACUGUGAUGCCAUUAAAAAAAAAUGUAAUUUUGUAAUAAAGAUUUUAUGUUCAUGCAA